CCUAGGAGCUGCCCCGCCCGCGGCGCUAGGGGAGUAGUGGAUUGCGCCUGGGCGCACGGGGUAGCGCGCGGAGCUCAGCGCAGCGCAUCCUAGCCCAGCCCGGCCCGGCCCUGCAAAGCCCUCCCUCCGCUUCCCUUCCCUCUCCAGUCCUUCUUUUCCGGCGGCGGCCGCAGGACGGACCAUGGCGCUGGGCUGCCCGGGCCUGGGGCUCCUGCUGCUGCUGCUGCUGCUGCUGGGGCCCGGACAGCUACGGGCUAAACCCACAGUGCGCAAGGAGCGCGUGGUGCGGCCCGAUUCGGAGCUGGGCGAGCGGCCCGCCGAGAACAACCAGAGCUUCCAGUACGACCACGAGGCCUUCCUGGGCAAGGAGGAGGCCAAGACGUUUGAUCAGCUCACUCCGGAAGAGAGCAAGGAGAGGCUGGGAAAGAUUGUUGGCAGAAUAGAUAGUGAUGGAGAUGGCUUUGUCACAACUGAGGAGCUGAAAACUUGGAUCAAACGGGUACAGAAACGAUACAUCUAUGAAAACGUGGCGAAAGUCUGGAAAGAUUAUGAUCGGAACAAAGAUGAUAAGAUUUCCUGGGAAGAGUAUAAGCAGGCUACAUAUGGCUAUUACUUGGGGAACCCAGAAGAAUUUCAAGAUGGAUCUGAUCAACACACUUUUAAGAAGAUGCUGCCUCGUGACGAGAGGAGGUUCAACAUGGCUGACCUUGAUGGUGAUAAAGCGGCUACUCGAGAGGAAUUCACUGCCUUCAUGCACCCGGAGGAGUUUGAGCACAUGAAGGAUAUUGUGGUCUUGGAGACGCUGGAAGACAUUGACAAGAAUGGGGACGGAUUUGUAGAUCAGGAUGAAUACAUCGCUGAUAUGUUUGCCCAUGAGGAGAAUGGCCCAGAGCCGGACUGGGUGGUCACUGAACGGGAGCAGUUUUCAGAUUUCCGGGAUUUGAACAAGGAUGGGAAGAUGGACAAAGAGGAGAUUCGGCACUGGAUUCUUCCCCAAGAUUAUGACCAUGCCCAAGCGGAGGCGAGGCACUUGGUGUACGAGUCAGACCAGGACAAGGAUCAGAAGUUAACCAAAGAAGAGAUACUGGAGAACUGGAACAUGUUCGUCGGCAGCCAGGCUACCAACUAUGGGGAAGACCUCACAAAGAAUCAUGACGAACUAUGAUGCUCCCUCUCCCUAGAAUCUCAGACUCUGGCCAGCUUCCUUGCUGGCUGCCACAGUCACGAUGGUCUUCUAAUUUGCACCAGCAUGUCCCCAGCCAAGCAGUUAUAUUACCUCAACAUGGGGAUGAAAAAUAGUCUGUUACCUGGGAUUUCACCCGGAGAGAUUAGGCCUCACUGUUGUCUUAGUUAGAUCUCUCUCAGAAUGUCUUCCGUUCUCAGUAGAUGGCAAUGUCGUUUGGGGAAUGUACUUUGACAACACAGAUCUCUGAAAGGAUUUCUUUCUUUUUUUUUUUGUUGUUUGUUUCUUAAAUAGAGGGGAAUAAAGUUUGGAUAGGGCCAAGACAUUCCAUCAAAUCACUUAGAAUUGUAGGGGGUGGGGUCCAGAAUGAAUAUGGUCUUUGGACAGUCCUUUGGGCGAGGAAAGGAAAGCUCUCAAGUUGAUAGUUAUCUUUCUUCAUUGUAAAUAGGACUGCUGGAAAGCUUCCUUUGGACAUCUCUCUUCCAUCUGAACUUGAUAACAUGAACCGUUACUGUAAAUGUCUAUAAUCUUUGUAUUUUUGUUCUGCAUGGACCUGUUAAUGUGUACAAUAAACCCACCCAUCCCUUUUUUAAAUAAUGCAAGAGUGGUUAGGCCAGGGGUGGGGAACCUGUGACCUCGAGGCCACAUGUGGCCUCAAAGCUGCAGGUUUCCCACCCCUGGGUUAGACAAAGGUGGGGAAAGAAUGAGAGGCUCUUUGAGCCUCCUCCUGGAGGCAUUUGAAUUUUUCCCAUCUUACUCUUGGGAUCUCUGUUUGAGGAACUCCCAGUAGGGAAACUCCAUUUCUCCAGGCAAAUCCUGAAACUCCACUGGCAUCUACAGUCGUUAGGGGCACUAAGAGUUUAGGUAACUUUUCCCCUUCUCUCAGUCAGUCAUCAUGAGAAGUAGAAUUUGAGCUCAGGUCUUCUGACCAGUCAGUCUUCUGUCCACCGCCAUACUGCCUCUCAAGCCUUCUAAUAAGGACAAGGAAAUGGCUAGGCUCUUUAUUUUUUCUUUUUCAAAUAAUGGAGGGAAUUUUUCUGAGAUUCCACUGAAUUUAGCCUGAGUCUUCAAGGUGAACAAAGGCUCAAUUGGUCAGUUCUCACCAGCAUCCACCAUAACUGUGGAACAGAGGAGGCGGGGAUGGGGCCAGCAGAAUGAGUGAGAACAUCUUCACAAGUUUGGAAAUCGCGUCUUGUUCCAACUUGGAAGCAAAAACAAUAAAGGAUCCUGAUGGAAA